AUUAUUAUUUUUUUUUUAUAUUUUCGACCGGCGUAUAAAACAUGUACUCCUCUACAUUUACGUACAUACGACAUUGUCAAAGCAUCAAUAAUUUUCUUUUGAUUCUUAAUUCAUUCUAUAUAUACUAUAAAUUUUUAGGUUGCUACUCAUACAAUUCUUUGAUUUUCUUUUCUUAGAUUAGUGUUAGAUUACAUAUACAUGGUUGAAUCAACGUGCAAAGACGAAGAUAUCAUGACUAUAGAAAACAUAGAGAAUCCUCUUCGUUUAGUAUCCUUAAAUCACAUUUCAAUUAGGUGUCGUUCUGUUGAAAAAUCUCUUGAUUUUUACCGAAAUGUCCUUGGGUUUAUCUCGAUUAGACGGCCAGGGUCUUUAGAUUUUCCCGGUGCUUGGUUGUUUAACUACGGUAUUGGCAUACAUUUGCUAGAGAGUAAUUAUGAUGAAUCAAAUGGCAAACCAGAUGCUAAAGUGAUUAAUCCAAAGGACAAUCAUAUCUCCUUCAUAUGCGAAAACAUAGCUACGGUAGAAAAGAAGCUAAACGAGAUGCAAAUAGAACAUGUUAAAAACAGGGUGAUUGAAGGUGGAAUUAACGUUGAUCAACUCUUCUUCCAUGACCCAGAUGGUUUUGUGAUUGAGAUUUGCGACUGUGAUAAUCUCCCGGUGGUCCCACUAAAACGCGACUUGCCCAAUCGAUAUUGUCCACGUUUCAGCAAUUUCUAAAUAAUUGGCAAUAAUUCAUCAAUGGUUAUUGUAGAAAUUAAAGAACAAGUUUACAACAAGUGCACUACAUUGUGGAUACCAAGUUACCAACUAGCUUAGCUAGGUUGUUAAAUGUCUUGAGGGGGAUGGUACCUAAGGUCGGCCGAUCUGGAAUCAGAUCUCAUCUGCAUCAUCUACCCUUUAUGACUCUCUUGAAAAAAAAGAAAAAAAAAACAUGUACUAUGUCAAUUAUUUAUCUUUACUUUACUUAUCUAAUUUUAAUUUGUCAUUAGAUUUCUCCAUUCCACACGUCUUGUCUUCAUUUCAUUUUGGCAUGCUUUAAACUAUACCAAUUACAAUAGUAAGAUAUAAUGUCCAUCAUUUAUGUUUUGUAAUUUUAUUUUAUUUUUGAAAACAUUUAUGUUUUGUAAUUUUUUUUUUUUUUUUUGAAAACAUUUAUGUUUUGUAAUUCAGUUGUACAAACUACAAAGUGAUCACAUAAAUUUGCUAGAAAAAUAGAAGAUGAAACUACAUAUAUUGAUGUAUGAGUGAUAUGAGUAUAUUAUGUUUUUUUGUGAACUUAAAUUUAGUCGGCAGGCCCUCUUUGAAUUGGAAUGGGCCCACGAGAUAAUAGAAUAGCCCAUAUUUUUUUCUUCCUUUACUUUGAUGACGGAUUGCCUUUUUACAUCCAACGCUUAAUUUCUAGGGCUUGAUCAAGCUAGAAUAACUACUUAACCAAUUAGUUCAAGCAUCCAAUGCUCUAUAUGUGGUUGUCUCUAGUGUUCAAUUCUACAAUGUUCUUUAUAACUUGAUCAUCAAUUCUCACCAUGAGCGGUCGCUUGGGAGAUGAAGGUUAGGAAUGGCCAGGCUCGAUCUUUGUUGGUCGAUUAGCAGAUUCCUAACAAACAAAGGGUCAUAAUUCACCUCUAACAAAAACAAAAGCAAUCAACUUGACUGAUAUGAU